AUGCCGCCCCCUAACACUGAAUCAUACGGCACACCUGCCCUUUCUCCGACAACCCCGGCUCCUGACCCUCCGCGUCGAUCGUCGAUUCCCGCACCUGCCCCUGUGGAGACCGAUAACGCCCACGAUGACAACGUGAACUUCCUACGAUCGCGCCCAGCUCUUUUCAACCCAUUACUGCCUCCACUAAGCCGACACCGUCGCCGUCGCUAUCCAAUCAACCCAGCCCUGCCAGAAGAGGAUCGCAUGGAGGUGGACGACCCCAACCAUUCACGCACGCCCGUCGAACUCAACCAUCGCAUCCCUAUCGUACGUCGCCAGGAGAGGUCAACUGAUAUGCCGAACUACGAGGGCCGAGUGCCCAACUCACGGUCCUUGUAUGGCUGGGCACCCGGGUCAGAUGACGAGGAGGAAGUUGCGCCAGGCCUCGAAGAGUCAGAAGACGAUCAAAUGCGACCGUUCCUCCAUGCCAUCUCCAGUCGUGGUACAGCCCCCGCACGACCUCCACGAAAUGAGGUUCCAAUGCCAGGGCAACUAGUACCACAUGGAUAUGAGGCGUCAUCGGCCAGUAACCGGGCUCGGACGUCGAUCUCCACCGUGGCGGCUUUGUUGCAGUCCACACGACGUCAGCCCCGGCUUUCAAGAACGCGCACCUUGGAGAACUACCUCAUAGAUCGUUAUUCAGAUUCCAACCCAGAGCAAGAUGCCGAGAACACCGUGGCAACUGCAUCCCGUGCCUAUCGCUAUCGUCCUUCCAACCGCGCCGACUUGCAUCAUACCAACCUCACCCACAACGAUCUACGUGCUCGCGCCGCCGCGCAUCGCCAGCUCCACCCAGACACCUACAUGAGUAAUGUUCUCAAGGAAACGAUCAACUACCUCGAUCGUCUUCGGUAUUCCAAUUCCCUUGAAGAGAGUAUGCUUGCCGCGGCGGAUAGUCGGCUUCCCAUCGCGAUGGAUAACAAGUCUUGGAGAGAUACGGACUUCAUUCUCUACACCCCCAACAUUGCACCGCCAGCGGCAUGCUCAUGGCUCCGAUCUGGGAUGGCCUUUUCGGGCCAUCAACGAGCUGCGAGCGUGGGGUGCUCCGUGUUAUCGCAACCCGUUCCUAAUCUGAAUGCCCCCGGUGAACCGGUCAUUGUAAAUGGAAAUGACAGCGCCCGAUUCAGCGUGUCUACCUCAAGUGGCCGCCGCUACUUGGCUAACAACCGCGAGGAACACUGGCCCGUCAAGGUCACGAUACACAAUAUCAAUUACGAGGACAUGACCUUAUCUGGCACCAUGGAGGCAUACAACAUCCCUGAUAAAACUUCGCCUACGCAUGAUGCACAUAUCAUCACUUUCUUGGAGGGCGAGAUUAUCGAUUUCAACAAGCAUACACUGGAGACCAAGAACUUCAAGGCCGAUGCAGAUAUUGAUAGCACGUAUUGGCGAGAACUGCAACCAUUCAAGGACCUGACAGAUGCCGAGAUGGCUCGAAGUCUCGUGAGCCGAAAGUGGAUCACAGAGGAAUUGUCCAAGGGAUGGAUCUUGAUGAGGUGGAAGGAACGAUGCUUCAUCACCCCCACCGAUGCUCGUCAAGGCCUUACAAUCUCCGGCUUUUAUUACAUCUCUCUUCGUCGCGAGGACGGGCAGAUUGAAGGGCUGUACUAUGAUCCAGGAAGCUCGCCUUACCAGCAGCUCUCUCUCAAGCCGGAAGUACCGAAAAUGAUUCGCCCUUCUUACGCAUUCCGCUAA